AUGUCGUCCAGGGUCACCCGCUCGUCCGCCCGUCAAGCAGCGAGCCAAGCAGCCUCAUCAAUCCCGUCCGCCGCCUCGCUUCCUCCGGCAGCGGCUCCACCGACCACCACCCAAGGCUCGAGCACGCGGAAACGCAGAGCCGCCGAUACUAGCCCCGUCCCCGCCGACGCCGGGUCGCCUGCUCCAUCUCGCAGGUCCAAAAGACAACGUGUAGAUAAGACCCCGCCACAAGCCCAACCUCCUCCGGUGCCAGCUUCUGCUACGGCUUCAGCGGUGCCCCGUAGGAAGCGAAAGGGCCUUGCGACUAUGUCGAGCCCAGAGACGCGCGCAGCUCCUGCCAACCCUUCGGAAAACCCGUCCUCAGCGUCGUCCAGCCGGCGAUCCAGCCGAAACAAGAAGCAUGGCCAGGGUCGAGAUGACUCAGCCGUUCCGGCUGCCAGCUCGAGCCGGCGAUCGAAACGUGGUGGCAAUAGCGAUGCUCAAGACCAGGACGUCGUGAUGAGUGGUACCGAUGAACAUGAGAAAGCCUCAGCUCCUCCGCCGCCGCCUCCUCCCGAGGACAGAUUCCCGGACGACGACGAUAGUGACGACAACGACGACGACGACGACGACGACGAGCCCCUGCACCAUUAUGACGAAGACGAUGAUGUGGAUCCGUUUAGCGCCUUCGGAGGCCCGGGCGGACCGUCGCAUGGUCUUAGCAAUACCCUCCGAACUCUGACCGGGAUGGUUUCGAGCAUGUCUUCGAGGCUUAAGGAGACCCUAAACAGCCUCCGACAGAAGGAUGAUCCCACGAUGCAGCUCAUCGCGCUGCAGGAGCUCUCGGAAAUCCUGCUGGUGUCUAACGAAGAUAACCUCUCUGGCCACUUCUCGCCAGACGCAUUUGUCAAGGAGCUGGUGUCACUGAUGCAGCCAAACGAGCUGACGGGAGAGGAGAACCCGGAAAUCAUGCUGUUGGCGUGCCGCUGCCUUGCCAACCUUAUGGAAGCUUUACCGGCCAGCACAGCCAACGUCGUCUACGGAUCUGCCGUGCCUAUUCUGUGCCAGAAACUCCUUGAAAUCUCCUUCAUCGACCUUGCCGAGCAAGCCCUCAGUACAUUGGAGAAGAUAUCACUCGAGUACCCCGGCAGCAUCGUCCGUGAAGGCGGCCUUAAUGCGUGUCUCUCCUACUUGGAAUUCUUUGCGACCAGCACCCAGCGAGUCGCCGUCACCACGGCCGCCAAUUGUUGCCGCAACCUCGACAUCGAGAAUUUCCCUGUCGUUCGAGAUGUCAUGCCGAUUCUGCUCAACGUUCUGGGGAGUAAUGACCAACGAGUUGUUGAACAAGCGUCGCUUUGCGUCACCCGCAUUGUCGAGAGCUUCAAGUCGCACCCUCGCAAGCUGGAGGAGCUCGUGAGCGUCGACCUGCUGAAGGCUAUUCUCCGCCUUCUCUUGCCGGGCACCACCAAUUUAAUUGGACCUCAUAUCCAUACCCAAUUCCUCAGGGUGCUCGCCUUUAUCGCCCACGCAAGCCCUCGUUUGUCGGCCGAGCUCUUCAAGAUGAACGUGGUAGAGACCCUGUAUCAGAUCCUGACAGGCGUCUCCCCCCCGAGCGGCACCGAUGAUCUCGCCUCCAAGCUUGACAGCGUUCUCAUCAUGCAGGCCCUGAUCCACCGGCCCAGGGAACAGAUCAUUGAGACGCUGAAUUUCAUCUGUGAACUCCUGCCGAACCUGCCAAAAUCGGCCGAUCCCGUGACUGGCCACUUUUUUGACAUGGCUUUAGCAGAGCCGAUAACCCCAUCGUCGCACGGCUCUCGCCGGAAGACUACCAACGAGAAACGUAUGGAACUCUUGGAGGGUUGCAAAGAUGAAGUUCGGCGCUUUUCCAUGAUUCUUUUCCCCACUCUUACAGAUGCGUACUCGAGUACUGUCAACUUGAAUGUCCGCCAAAAGGUCUUGACCGCUCAGCUCAAGAUGCUGUCCAACUUGGACGAAGCGAUCCUGGUUGAUGCUCUGAAACCUGUUCCUUACGCCUCCUUCUUGGCUUCCAUUCUUUCUCAGCAAGAUCACCCUUCCUUGGUCAUGUUUGCCAUUCAAGCCACAGAGCUACUGAUGAACCGCUUGGGCAAUGUGUACCGGUAUCAGCUCUACCGAGAGGGUGUCAUUGCGGAGAUCACCAAGCUGGCGACCCAAGAGCCGGAGCCCGAAGCGAAAAUCCCGGAUAAGCAACCUACAGAGCCCGCCGGCGGACCAGAAACAGAGGCUGAACAGGAAUCUGACAACCGGUCCUCUGCUGAGCCUGCCGAGAGCCACUCUGACGAGGACGGCUCUGGUGCCGAGGACGAAGGAAAUGAAGAAAAUGAGGACGACGAUGACGACCGUUCUCACCGUUCCUGGGAUGAUGACGACGAUAACGAAGACCAUGAGGACGAUAAUGAGGACGACGAGAACCGGGACGAUAUGUCAGGUUCACCCGUCAGCUCCGAGGGGUCCACAAUGUCUAUGGUUGGCCCUCCGGGGCGUUUCCCCUCGGACUUGCUGUCCAUGAAGACGAGGAUUGCACAGGCUGCCAAGAAAUUCUUGGAGGUGCACGAGACAGAGAAGGAAGGGAAGGUGAUGAAGAAAAAGGCAACCGAGAUCCUUGCCAAUCUCUCAGCCUUGGCGAACGACAUCGAAAACUUCUACCUUCACCGCACCGCGUCGAACCUUGCGCCCCGGAGCGGCGUUGAGCUCUUCAGAGAGCUGGCAUCUUACUUCGACUCGGACGUGUUGGAGAGUGUUACCAGCGCCGAGCUGCUUGCCUCUGGUGUAGUCCGUGUUCUCGAGCAGGUCUUCAGUAACCCGGAUGACCAACUCGCAGUUGCGGCGCAAUCAGCAUUUCUCCAGGUUUUUAUGGGAUAUACCGUCAAGUCGAAGCCCAAAACUGCCACAGCCGAUUCCCCGGCUACCCCCCUCAGUGUGCUAAUUCACAAGCUCCAAGACUUGCUAAGCAGAUCUGAGCACUUCGAAGUCAUUACCGUACAUCAUCAUUCAUUCGAUGGCAAUCGGAACAGCGCGGCAUCCAUGCUCGCAAAGCAGAUUCGCCUCAGGCUGGUAGCUGAUGAUGAUUCUGGCAUUCCUCGGCACUAUCGUAACAUUAUGGUGUCGAUCCAUGCCAUCACAACCUUCAAGUCUUUGGAAGACUACCUGAGGCCGCGAAUCAGUCUCUCUGAGCGGCCACGCGGAUCUAGAACAUCUAGAGAAGCCGUUUCAAGAGCCUUGGCUGCUAUGGCCAGCUCAGGGCUCCCGAUGAGCGCGGCAGCCGCCAGACUGAUGGAGCAAGCGCUGCCGCCGUCCGGCCACUCAAGCACAGGUCCUCCACCGCCGCCGCCUCCUCCCGCUGGCUCUUCCCAGCCGUCUAGCUCACGGUCAACGCGGAGGUCGAAGUCCAAAUCGCAGCCUCGAAGUGAGCCUCCUGCUACGCCUGAAGCCCCUUCGAGGGAUAAAACUGCGUUACGCCGGUCUACACGCCGGCAAACAGCGUCGGAGGACGCGCCGUCUCGCCCGCCUCCCGACGAUGAUGACGACCUUGAGGACGCACUCGAAUGCGCGGAUGAGAAGCCAAUAUCAGAUAACGAGGAGGCUGGCGAAGAUAGCGCCCUCGACAUGGUGCGCAGUUUGGACGAGUCUAUGACCGACACGCCGACACCAGAUCCCUCUGCAGUGAAUUUGGAGGUUGCAGCCGGAGGCAGGAUCACGGCACGCAAAGAGGACGGAACCCGCGUGCCGACGCCAUCCCAGAGCCGCCCGGCAACUUCGCUCCCUAGUCGAUCUAGCGCAUUAACCGCCGCAUUGCAAGGAUCGCCGACACCCUCUACGUCAUCGCGGCCGCAAAUGUCUUACGCUGCAGCCAUUCAAUCUGUGCCGCAAGAUUGGCACAUUGAGUUCAGCAUUGAUGGUAAGGUCAUUCCAAACGAAACGACCAUUUAUCGGGCUGUCCACAAUUCCGUGAUGACGGGUGAUGAUCAUUUUAGCCGGAACAUCUGGUCGGCCGUGCAUACUGUUAAGUUUUGGCGUGCGGCUGGUCCUCCUCCCCCCGAGUCCACUGUAGCGUUUGGCAGUACGACAGAAGCGGGACUCGAGGCUGAAGAUGGUGGUGCUCCCGGAUCCCUGUCCAAGUUUCCCACUACGGCAUCUAUUCUUCGCCUGCUCAAGAAGCUGCACGAUCUCAACGCAAAUAUUGACGAUGUUCUUGUUGAGAACAAAGAGACUCUCAAGGUCAACGUUGAGCCGCUGUCACAAUUCGUCAACACCAAGCUCACUGCCAAGCUGAACCGGCAGUUGGAGGAGCCGUUGAUUGUGGCAAGCAACUGCCUCCCGAGCUGGAGCGAGGAUUUGGCAAGGCUGUACCCGUUCCUGUUCCCCUUUGAGACGCGCCAUCUCUUCUUGCAAUCCACGUCGUUUGGCUAUGCCAGAUCUAUGAGCCGCUGGCAGAAUGCCCAGUCCCAGGAGGAGGCUCGGAGAGACCGCCGGGACGAGAGGCCGUUCCUUGGCCGUCUACAACGGCAGAAGGUUCGCAUCGCCCGUGCCAAGAUUCUCGAAUCAGCCAUUAAGGUGAUGGAACUCUACGGCGCCUCGCAGAGCAUCCUCGAAGUCGAGUACUUUGACGAGGUUGGUACCGGGUUGGGCCCUACGCUCGAGUUCUACUCGACCGUUUCCAAGGAGUUCUGCAAGAAAAAAUUGCGACUCUGGCGUGACAACGAUCCCAAUGGGGACGGCGAGUUUAUCUCUGGGCCCAAUGGGCUGUUUCCCCGGCCCCUCAGUGAGGAGUUUGCGAAAUCGGAGGAAGGCGAAAAGAUCCUUCAGCUUUUCAAGAUGCUAGGCAAGUUUGUCGCGCGGUCGAUGAUCGACUCUCGCAUCAUUGAUCUCAAUUUCAACCCGAUAUUCUUCCGCAUAGGCAACGAGUCCGCCGCUGUGCGCCCGUCCCUCGGAGCAGUUAGGUCGGUUGACCCUGUCGUGGCGAGGUCGUUGAUGACCAUCAAGAAGUUUGCCCUGGCGAAGAAAGAGAUCGACGAGGACCCGAACCGCAGCCCAGCGCAGAAGGUGGUCGAUACGGCCAACAUCGUGGUCGACAAGAUUUCGAUUGACGAUCUGUAUCUCGACUUCACCUUGCCUGGCUACCCAGAGAUUGAGCUGGUCCCCAACGGGUCCCAGAUCAGGCUGACCAUCGACAAUGUUGAUCUCUACUUGGAAAGGGUUAUUGAUAUGACUCUGGGGAGCGGCGUUCGGCGACAAGUGGACGCGUUCCGGGCCGGCUUCUCUCAAGUGUUCCCCUACUCGGCAUUGAGCGCCUUCACGCCGGAUGAGCUCUGCACGCUCUUUGGGCGAGUGGAGGAGGAUUGGUCUCUAGAGACACUCAUGGACUCGAUCAAGGCCGAUCACGGGUAUAACAUGGACAGCAAGAGUGUCAAGAAUUUGUUGCAGACCAUGAGCGAGCUCACUCCGAGCCAGCGACGCGACUUCUUGCAGUUUACAACGGGAAGCCCGAAGCUUCCUAUUGGUGGAUUCAAAAGCCUCACGCCCAUGUUCACGGUGGUGUGCAAGCCUAGCGAGGCACCUUACACGUCGGACGAUUACCUCCCCAGCGUCAUGACCUGUGUCAACUACCUCAAGUUGCCUGAUUACUCCAGCAUUGAUAUCUUGAAGCAGCGGCUCUUCACUGCCAUCAAGGAAGGCCAAGGAGCGUUCCACUUGUCUUGA